AUGGAGAACUUGAUACGUCGAAUAGAGAAAAUUGCCUCUCUCUAUUCUUUAGUGAAGGACCUGUUAAGAGUACAGGUGUCUCAUGAAGAUCCUCUGGUCGUAAGUUUGACAGUGGCAGAAUGCUUGGUGCACAGAUUUCUGAUCGAUCCAGGGAGCAGUGCGAAUGUUAUGCCAAAAAUAAUGUUUGACCGGCUCGAGAUCAAGCUAGAAAAGCUCAAGCCCAUUGACAAUCCAUUACUGGGGUUUGAUAGGAAACGAGUAGAGCCCAUUGGAAUGGUAGAACUAUCAGUACAAGCUACUGAAAGAGUUCUACUAGAGAGCUUUAUGGUCAUUGAUAUCCAUCUGUCUUGCAAUCACUUGAUGGGAAGAGGAUGGAUCAAUAGGGUCCAAGGUGUCCCAUCAAUACUACACCAGAUAGAUCUUCAUAAGCCAGACAGAACAACAAGGAUAGGGUCAGGGCUUGCAGUGGGGGAGAAACAACAAUUAAUUGAGUUCCUGUCUCAGAACAAAGAUGUGUUAACUUGGAGCCAUUCAAAUAUGCCAGGGAUUAGUCCCUCCGUGUCUUGUCAUUCCUUUAAUGUAGACCCAGACACCAAGCCUGUGAGGCAGAGUAGAGAAGAUUUGCCUCGGAGUGCAAUCAAAUCAUAG